CGGCCGCGCCCGGCGCCGGUCCGGAGGUGGUCACUUCCGCCGGGGCGUAAGCACUGAAUCCGGGUCAGCUGCUGCCGCCCGGACUGCAACUGAGACCGUCCGGGAAAAGCUGGGCCCCGUCUCCACAGCCGACCAAGGGCAGCGGGCUCAGCCCGGCGCCGUUUUCUGCGACCUGGCCGUCAGCCCCACGUCGCCGGCCUGGAGGGGCAAAGAGGACGAGGGGGCCGCGGCUUCCUCCGGGGACCUUGGCUGCCUGGAUUGCCAGGAGCUGGAAGUUGACAUUGAGUCUAGGCUGAGGAUGGAAGGUGUGGAGCUGAAGGAAGAAUGGCAGGAUGAAGAUUUUCCAAUACCUUUACCAGAAGAUGACAGCAUUGAAGCAGAUACACUAGAUGGAACUGAUCCAGACAGACAGCCUGGCUCAUUAGAAGUUAAUGGAAACAAAGUACGGAAGAAAUUGAUGGCCCCAGACAUCAGCCUGACCCUGGAUCCUGGGGAAGACUCUCUCUGGUCGGAUGAUUUGGAUGAAGCUGGGGAAGUUGACCUGGAAGGCUUAGACACCCCAUCGGAGAACAGUGACGAGUUUGAGUGGGAAGAUGAUCUUCCCAAACCCAAAACUACUGAAGUCAUUAGGAAAGGCUCAAUUACUGAAUACACAGCCACAGAAGAAAAGGAAGAUGGACGCCGCUGGCGCAUGUUCAGGAUUGGAGAGCAGGACCACAGAGUGGACAUGAAGGCAAUCGAGCCCUACAAAAAAGUUAUUAGCCAUGGAGGCUAUUAUGGGGAUGGCUUAAAUGCCAUUGUUGUAUUUGCUGUCUGUUUCAUGCCUGAGAGUGGUCAGCCUAACUAUAGGUAUUUGAUGGACAAUCUCUUUAAAUAUGUUAUUGGCACUUUAGAGCUGUUGGUAGCAGAGAACUACAUGAUCAUUUACUUAAAUGGUGCGACAACUCGAAGGAAAAUGCCCAGUCUGGGAUGGCUCAGGAGAUGCUACCAGCAAAUUGAUAGACGAUUAAGGAAAAACCUAAAGUCUCUAAUCAUUGUGCACCCCUCUUGGUUUAUCCGAACACUUCUGGCUGUUACAAGACCAUUUAUCAGUUCAAAAUUCAGUCAGAAAAUCAGAUACGUCUUUAACCUGGCAGAGCUGGCAGAGCUUGUUCCCAUGGAGUAUGUUGGCAUACCAGAGUGCAUCAAACAGUAUGAAGAAGAAAAGUUUAAAAAGAGACAAAAAAGAGUUGAUCAAGAGCUUAAUGGAAAACAAGAACCACCAAAAAGUGAGCAGUAAGUUCUGCGUCCAGACAACAGAGAGCACCGGGGAGGCGGGGCUGUAGUGCAUCCUAGUGCACUCGUGGCUCAAGUGUUUAUGUAAUCUGUUGCAAAUUUUACUUGACUUCUUUCCAAAUGAACUCUUGUACAAGGGACUGUUCACUGCUGUCAUGGUUUGCAACUCUUGAAUUUAGCUCUUUAAUGACUAAUUAUAUUGUAAUCAUUUUAUAUUGCUAAAUAGCAAAGAACUACACUUUAUAUAAAGCAAUUUUUACAUGUGUUUAUUUGAAUGAUACAUCUUCAGUAAAGUAUUUAUAUACAUAAAUGACAAAGGAAAGAAAUAAUAUAUAUUUUUUAUGUUGGGGGCAAUAAUUUUUAGUGUGUACCUAUCUCAUGGAUGAAUAUAUGCAAGUAAAUAAGACCACAAUUUUAAAUGUAAAGUGCAUGUAAGACUUUGUUUUUGUAAAUGGUUGGAUACAUUUCCUGGGUAACUUAGGCUAGGUUGUCCUAAAACAGGCCAAGAAGUACCUAAGGUCAUGCAUGUGGUCGAGACAGUAGUAGCAGCCUGAGCUUCUCCUCCCUGAAAGCACAUUGUUUCUUAAUGUGGUGGAGGGGCAAGUGGUUGAACAACUUGCUUUCCUCUCUUAAGAUGUCUUAGAACCGGAACUAGAGAUUUUGAAAAGCUAGUAGUUAGGGUUUAUAUAUUUGUAUAUAAGGGACAUUUUACUUUACCCAAAGUCAGAACUGUUUAAAAAAGAAAGAAAGAAAGCUCUUAAGAUGUGUUCAGUAAUGUGACAUGAGUUGUGUCUUGUGUGGGAAGCUGUGAGGUGUUACAGAGGCUUCAAAGAGUAUUCAUGAUCAUCUGCAUCUGUAGAGCAGAUGGAAUGCUAUUGCAAUGCUCUCACAGUGGGGCACUUUACCAGAGGACUUCCUUGACGGUUGUUUGAGCACAGUGGUGUUUGGCCUAAGCAGAUGGGUAUUCACUUUGCUGUUGGAUGGUGUACAGUGCUGUACGUGGGUCGAUUCUGUAAGGAUUGAAGUGCUGCUGCUGUGCACUCAGGAUGACAUUCGCUGUAUGUAAGCCUUCAUUUCAUGUGGUUAAGUACCUUGACUGAACAUUGAAAUAAAUAUUAUUUGUGCCUCCGAACAGGGUCUAAUUACCUUCAAAAUCAUUCUAAAACAAUGAAUUUGUCUAGUCUUGUGUCAUGGACUUCUCUGGUGUAUACACAUUUAGUGCAUAUCAGCUUCAUGACACCCAGCCCUUCAUAUAA